UUUCUUGCAGCUUCUCUGGGGCGAACUCCUCUGUGCAUAACAGGCUACUGGAUUGGUGCCUGAGUCCUGACCACAGCUGCCCUGGCCCACCUUCUCUCUUCCCGGAAUCUCUACUUCCUCUUUGGUGUCUGAAGGUGUAUUGAGUGAUUUCUGGAGGGCAGAAGACUUUGGAACAAAAACCUGAAUUUGCUUGGGCAUCUGUGAGCUUAGGAACCUCAGCAGUGAGGACAGGAAGGAUCAGGGAACGGCUGCUAUGGCUUCAGAACUCCUGGUGAAUUUAAAGGAGGAGGUGACCUGCCCCAUCUGCCUGGACCUCCUGAUAGAACCCCUGAGCCUAGACUGUGGCCACAGCUUCUGCCAAGCCUGCAUCACUGGAAACCAUAAGAAGUCCAUAAUAGACCAAGAAGUGGAGAGCAGCUGCCCUGUGUGCCGAAUCACUUACCAGCCUGGGAACCUGCGGCCCAAUCGGCAUGUGUCCAACAUAGUGGAGAGGCUCAGGGAGGUCAGGUCGAACCCAGAGGAGAGGCAGAAGAUAGAUCACUGUGCACACCAUGGAGAGAAACUCCUACUCUUCUGUGAGGAAGAUGGGAAGGUCAUUUGCUGGCUUUGUGAGCGGUCUCAGGAGCACCGUGGUCAUCACACGUUACUCAUGGAGGAGGUUGCCCAGAAGUACCAGGAGAUGCUCCAGGCAGUUCUGGAGAAGCAUAUGAAGGAGCAACAGGAAGCUGAGAAGUUGAAAGCUAACAUCAGAGAAGAGAGGACUUCCUGGAAGAAUCAAAUACAGUGUGACAGAGAAAAUAUCCAGGCACAGUUUGACAAACUGAGAGACAUCCUACACUCUGAGGAGAACGAAGAACUGCAAAAGCUGGAGAAAGAGAAGGAAGAUAUUCUGGAUAGCCUGGCAGAGUCUGAAAAUGAGCUGGUCCAGCACAGCCUAUCGGUGGGAGAGCUCGUCUCAGACCUGGAGGAUCGGUUGCAGGGGCCAGCAAUAAGGAUGUUGCAGGAUGUGAAUGACGUCAUAAAAAGAAGUGAGACCUUGACCUUGAAGACACCAAAAACUUUUCCCAAGGAGCAAAGGAGAGUGUUUCAAGCUCCUGAUCUGAGAGGAAUGCUGCAAGUGUUUAAAGAGCUGAAAGAUGUCCAACGCUACUGGGUUUAUGUGACACUGGCUCCAAGCAACAAUCCAAAUGUUGCCAUUUCUUCAGAUAACAGACAAGUGGUAUCUAAGCGCAUUUCAAGAGCUUUUGAUAGCUUUAUGAUUGACAAUCCUUAUUAUGACAUCAUGGGCUCCCCAGUUAUCACAUCAGGGAAACAUUACUGGGAGGUAGAUGUGACCCAAAAACGUGCUUGGAUCAUGGGCGUAUGUGUUGAACAAGCCCUCCCACAAAAUACUGUGUAUGAUCAGGGCAUAUAUGUUGAACAAGACCACCCACAAAAUAUUUUGUUUGGUCAGGGCAAACGUGUUGGACGAGCCCGCCCACAAAAUAUUGUGUAUGGUCAUAACUUAAGAGGAAAUUAUCAACCACAAAAUGGCUACUGGGUUAUAGGAUUGAAGAAUACAUUUGAAUAUAAUGCUUUUCAGGAUUCGGUCCCUUCUGGUUCUGUUCAGUCUUCUCAGCCUUUGAUAGUGACCCUCUCCCUGACUGUCCCACCUAAGCGUGUUGGCAUUUUCGUAGACUAUGAGGCCGGCACUGUCUCAUUUUUCAAUGUCACAAACCAUGGGUUUCUCAUCUAUAAAUUCUCUACAGGUUUUUCUCGUCCUGUUCGUCCAUAUCUCAAUUCUAUGGAAUGUCAAUUCCCCGUGACUCUGUGCUGACCAACCCCUUAGCCUUCUUACACAUUCGGCCACUUCUGUGCAGCACCUCUUACCCUGGGUGCCUCUCAUACACCUGAACUCAUCUGUGCCAUUUUGACCAUCUUUUCCUUGCUGUCUCCCUUCUUUCUAUUUGAACUUCCUUUACUUAACAAUAAGAUGUACAGACUGCUUUGUGCCAUGUCUUUCCCGGUAUUUUAUUCACAUAUCAUAGCAAAUUUGACUCAACAUUUUCCAUACUCCCAAGAAAAAAUGACUGAGCCUUCAUAAAGUAAGAUCAGUAUUGAGGUAACACUUUGCCAAAUCUUUAUAACCCAAUUUCCUCUGAUACUGACUAAGAAGAUAAAGGAAAACUUUUCAACAAGCUUUCUAUAUCAUUGUGUAGGAGUCACUGACUAAAGAAUGAGCUUUAGCAGUGUGUCAGUUUCCUCAUGAUGCCCCUUAUUCAUCAAAAAGUUAAGGAGAAAAUAUCAUAAAUAGUAUACAUUAAGAGUAGAGGUUUUGUAUCCAGAGUAUCUGAGUUCAAAUCCUGUCUCUCCAUAUACUAGCAGUGUAGGAAUGAAUAGCAUACUCAAAUGGCUGUGCUUAUUGUCUUAAAAUAAUUUUGUCAGUGAAAACUUCACCCAAAAAUGAGAUCUGGUAUUCUACUGCAUAGAAGGUUGACUAGAGUUAACAAUAACAUAUUGCAUAUUUCAAAAUAGCUAGAAGAGAGAAUUUUGAAUGUUCUAAUCACAAAGAAACGACAAGUGUUUAAAAUGAUAUAUAUGAUAAUUACCCUGAUUUGAUAAUUACACAGUGCAUACCUGUAUGGAAACAUCACUCUGUACCCCCUAAAUAUGUAGAAUUGUUGUGUGUCAAUUAAAAAAAAUAAACCUUAAAAACAAAA